GCCAGCGUCAUGGCGCCUGUCAACUGACAAACUUUUGACGUUACAAACUUUUAAUACGGAUAUGUCUUUCACAAUACUGACAGCUUGUUUGAAGGUGCUCCGUCCUGAAACUUUUAAACCAGUGUCGGACAUCAGAUGAGAGGAACAUAAACAGCCGUCGUCACGAUGUGAAUGUUUCUGCGUGCUAACUUUGGCCGGUGCGAAGAUGCAUCGCUGGUAGCUAACGGUAGUCAAGCUAGCCACUUUCAACAAGUUAGCUAGCUAGUUAGCUCAACUUAGUUUAAGCGUCGUUUGGUUUCAGAUGUCAUUACGGACAAUAAACCGACUGUAACUCGUUAAAGUGCCUGUUUCUAGGUUUGGUUAGUUAGUCUUUUAUAUCACAAUGUGUCGUUUUCUGCGCUACUGUGUCAGCCACUGCCUCCAUGCAGCGAUGACCCGGCUGGAGGAGGUCAACGGAGAGGUUAGCAUGUGGUCGUCUGUCCGGUGGCUGGGCUACCUGUCAGGUCUCAACCUGCUGAUCGCCCUGUGUCUGGGGCUCUAUGCGCGGUGGGAGAGGACCGCAGAGACUGGUCUUCUUGUCAUUUUCGUUUUGGCUCUAAUCGUCCUCGGAAUAGCAAGUGUAGUGUAUUAUUACUUCAACAUGGAGAGGGUCAGCCUCAGUCUCCUCCACCUGUGGUUCGGGUUUUUGCUGGGAAUGCAGUGUUUCCUCAACAGUCCCGCCCUGGAGAGCGAUGUGAAGGAGCAGGCGGCCAACUACCUGCUGCUGGUCAGCGUGACACUGAGGACACUGUGGGCGCUGCUGGAGAGACUGGUUGGAUGUGCCAAGUACCGUCCUGCCUUCCUCACCUCGGCAGAGCGGCUGGAGCUGGUGGGCUUUGCCACUGCCAGCACGGCUCUGCUCAUCCAGAAGUCUUUGAGUGUGAUGGUGCUGGUGGUGGCGCUGGCCACGGUGAUGAUUGCCCUCCGGAUGAAGGCUCUCCUGGCUCUCGCCAACUUGGUCUGCUUCGCUGUCAUCACCGCUGUGCUGUUCUUCAAGUCUCUGAACGUCACCAUCAACCCUUUCGCCCUCGCCUGCUUCUUCAGCCAGCUCAUCUGCGACCCACUGCUGGAUGUCUACUUCAGUGGCCUCUCCGUGACCGAGCGCUGGCAGCCUUUCCUGGUGUGGCGGGGCCUGUGGCGCCGGCUGUCCCUCCUGCCUCUGCUGGUGGUGGAGGUGACCUUCAUCAUUCUGGCUGCUCAGAAGCUGAAAGACCUGGACCAGUGGUACCUGAUGAUCCCGAGCUUUGUGGUCUGUGCGCUCUUCUGGGCCAUCUGCCACAUGGUGUUUGUUAUCACAGUGUGGGGCUUUCACACCAAACUCAGUGAAUGCCAGAGGGUGUGCUUGUCUCAGGGGUCAGGGGUCAGCGGUCUGGACAAGGUUAUGGCUUCAAAGGGCAUGAGACAUUUCUGCCUCAUCUCUGAGCGCCUGGUGCUCUUCUCGCUGGUGUCAACUGUUGCUGUUGCUGCUUUUUGUUGGCAGGCCUCCAGUAGUAUCUUUGUUAGCAUGUUUCUGCUCGUCCUGCCUCUGGAGUCUCUGUUCCACGGGCUUUUCCACGAGCUCGGGAACAGUCUGGGAGGAACCUGUGUGGGCUACGCUGUUGUCAUCCCCACCAACUACUGCAGUCCUGACGGUCAGCCUGUGCUGCUGCCUCCAGACCAGGUGCAGGAGCUAAACAAGCGCUCCACAGGCAUGUUGAACAGUGUGCAGCGCUUCUUCGCCCACCACCUGAUUGAGAAUUUUGGCUGCGACUAUUCCACUAGUGGGCUGGCCCUGGAUGCUCUGCAGGUCAAGAUCAAAUCCUUCUUGGAGCUCCGCACGGCAGAUGGGCCUCGCCAUGACACCUACAUCAUCUUCUACAGUGGUCACAGUCACCGCUCUGGAGAGUGGGCGCUGGCAGGAGGAGACACACUUCGCCUGGAUCAGAUCUUGGAGUGGUGGAGGGAGAAGAAUGGCAGCUUCUGCUCGCGCCUCAUCUUGGUGCUUGAUUGUGACAACUCGUUGGCGUGGGUGAAGGAGGUGAAGAAGGUGGAGGGUCUGUACGUGGCUGUUCAGGGAGCAACACUUGUCCGAGUGACAGAUGUUGAGCUGCAGGAAACCCCGCAACUCGGAGACUUCACUUCUCAGUGGGUGGAGUAUAACUGCAACUCAAACAGCGACAUCCGGUGGUCUGAGAGGGGCAGGGCGGUCUCUGCCACCUAUGGCAUCUCCAAACACUGGAGCGACUACACACUGCACCUGCCAACAGGAAGUGAUGUUACCAACCACUGGAGCAUAUACUUCCCUCGAAUGACCUACCCGGUGGUCCAGUUGGCGCUGUGGUGCAGCAGUCUCAACGAGCUGUCGCUCUGCAGCAUCUGCCUGCGAUGUCUGAAGCGAGUCAAACUAAACUGGUUUCCACCAGCGAUACUUGACACUGGCCAAGGCUUCAAACUGGUUAGAUCAUAGAAAGAAAAAAAAAAACAAAAGCUAUUUUUAUUUUCAGAUUAUAUUUCUUGGACCCUGAAAAUAGGCAGCUAUUGGAUUGUUAACGUGCCGCUAUCCUGUUUGUUACUGAAAAACUAAUCAAUGUAGUUACUGAUUUGUGCAUUUUGAAAUGUCUUUUUAGAACCAGUUUUAUAUUCUUUGCAAGAUUUUCUAUUAAUGUUUUUAGCUUUGAUUAGAGAUCUUAACAUCCCUGUUGAACAGAUGGAUAAAAUGUGACUGAGCACAUCGACACUAUUUUUGCACAUUUUUGCAUCGUAAAUACCGUUAGAUCUGAUUCCACCUUGACUUUGAGAACAUUCGUGUUGUGCCUUUUACCGUAAAGUCACCAAAGAACAUCCAGCUCGCCUGGCUGAUCUUCUUAACCUUUAACCAAAGUGGCCGUGGUACAUUUUCAGAGGAAGAUCUCAGGUGUACAUCUUUUUUAAGAAGUCUAGAGCAGUUUCUAGAGUUGAAAUUUUUAUGUAGUUCUUGUAAUUUGAUUGUGAAAUGAUUCCUCUCCUCUUCUGUACUACACUAUGCAUUUUACGCUCCACAUAUAUUCAAUGCACUGCUUUGUUGUAACAGCAUUUUGUAAUGCUUUUGGGGGUCAGUUUUUUAACUACUCUCCAGCUGCUUCAGGGAGUCCAGGAAGUUUUUUUUUUUUACACAGAGAUGUGUGCAAACUACAGUAUUUAUGUUAUAAUAAACCCCGGGAAUUAAAUGCAUCACAUGAUGACAGACAUUUUCUUUCUGGGGUUUAUUGCAGUUUACUGGGCUAUGCACGAUUAUUCAGGUGAAAGAUGGGUACAACUAUGCAAUAAAGGAGAAGUGGGACUUCACUGCUCAAAUCAUGAAUCGUCAGUGCUCCUCUUUUGGGUAAAAACUGCUAUAAUUAAAUGUUUUUUUUUUUUCAUGUGUCUGACACUGGGAGAGUAACAAAACUUAAAAAGUGAAUAGUGUAUUUGCCUAACACUUUUCUGAUGUUUUCUAAAAUCAUACUGAAAUGUUGUUUGACAGUACUUUCAAAUUUAAACUCAUACUUACCUCUUUGAUUUGAUAAAAACCAAGCGGACUAAAUUCAGGUUUUCUGUUGAUUUUAUUGAAAACAUUAUAAAAUUAUGUGGUGCAGCAGCAUAUUUCAGUUUUUAAGAUCUUUAACAUGUUCACAUUUACACAAACCAAGUUGAAAAUGGCUUUUACAGCAAGUUGCGAAUGAUCGUUGUCCAGGAGACGACAACAACACAGGGCAGAGACAGUAACAGAACAUCUACUGCCCCCAUGUGGCUGCAAGUGAAACUACACUGAACCCUAAAACACACUAAAGGAAGAGGUCCUUUAUCAGUGGGGAGGCCAGUUCCUGCUUAGUUCUAAAGCUCAUUAAUGAGUCCACUUCCUGAAUUCAGUAUUUUGUGGUUUCAGAGCUGAUGUGCAAAUUCAUGACUUGGGUUGGUUUAAGUCGAACAGAAGCACUUUGACCGACCCAAGGCAUGGACACAGGUACACAGUGAAACCCCAGCCCGUGUCUAAAAGGCUUCAUUUACGAAAGGAGGGAAAGAAAGCAAAUUUCCUGAACUUCUACCAAGUUCACAAGCAACUGAAUUAGCACAGCACUGGAUAACGCGUACAAACAUUGAUUUUAGGGUUUUAAAUUUGAACAGUAAUCUUUAUAUUCAAAGAAGAGGGUGAAAUAUUUUAACAGUUGCAGCCUGAAUGAGCAUGAGAAUGACCUUUGCAACAAAAAAAAGAAGCAAACUUCAGUUUAGUGUUUGUGGCAAAAGAAACAUGAUGACUAACCCUCUCAUUUGAACAGCAGAUUCUACUGGAUUACAUUCACUAGAAAAUUACUAUAGUGUCAUUAAACAUCAGCCUAGUUUACAAGAGGGAAAUUUGGAGCUAGAUUCACAGAUGUCAUCUACUUAGUCUUCAACUAUGCAGUAUGUAGCCACCGGGACACGAUGAAUGACAAAAAAUUUACAGCUGAUUCUCUGACAGUCACAAGACCUGGACAGGACAAAGACUAAAGCUUUCGGAGAGACAUUUUUUGGAAACAGAAGAUCCAACCUGACUGGAAGCAACAGUGUUAUUUUCAGUUUGAAUCAGUUGGAUUUAAGUGUAAAGCUUUUUUUUUUUUUUUAGCAUUAUUAAGUUAAGAAUAUUUAAAUAAGGCUGCAACAACUACUAAUUUAUUAUCGAUUCAUCUGUUGAUUAUUUUCUCGGCUACAUGAUCAUUUUGUUUAAAGAAGGUCUGGAAAAAAAAGUGAAAAAUAGCCACUAUGAAGUCGUAGUUUCAUCCAAAACCCAAAGAUAUUUAGUUAAGUACUACAUGCCACCACAGAAUGUUUGGUGUUUUUGCUUGGAAAAAAAUAAUCACUGAAACAUGAUCGAUCAUCAAAAUAGCUUAGGAAUAAUUUUCAGUUGAUUCAUUUACAUCACUACAUUUAACAAUUUUGUUUGUAACUUACAAGCGAAAAAGCAGCUAAGAUGAUUCCACAUAUUCAGAAUGAGAGACAAUUAGUGUUACAGAAACCGGAGAGUUGAGGUCCACAAUUUUCCCAUAAGUAAAUUUGGUUUCGAUGGUCUGACCUCCAGGUCUCAAUUUCCAUUAGUAACAUAAAAAUUGCCGACAUUACUAAUCCCAGUGGUUUUGGACUCUGCUUUAGUUGAAAUGAAAAGGAAUCUAAAUGAGGUUUAACAGCUGUUUGAGCGGCUCAAGUGGGUCUGAGUGGUAUUUAUGGCUUUAGCAAGAAUGACAUCUAAGCUUUGGCUUGUUGCAUGUGCAAUGUGUCAACCCUGCAGAGCUGGAGACGGAUGGUUCUCUGCCCAAACCAAACGCAACUGUGGCUCCGAUCAAACAAAGCACCUUUUAGCAGCCUGGUUUUCAAUGAGAGUGAUUACUGCUUUUGCAUUGCUGAGCACCUUGCAUUUUCUUUACUCUAUACAGCAGACAUCUCAGGUACGACAAAAAAAGUUUCCCUAUUGUCAAAUUAAAAUGAAUUGAUGUGGGCCUUUCAUGGUGGCUAUGACAAGAAGUAGCACCGUACAUGGUUAGUGUGAAGCUACCGUAAUGUCACUUUUAUGUUGCCGUGGGCGGACUGAGACAUAUCUACUUUCUGACGUCUUACUAGCUGUAAUUAGGCCUGACGAUUAACAGCAGAUUGUACCCUGGACUGUCCCCAACUCAUCCUAAAAUAAGCCUUAAACCAACCAUCAUCCAGGUAAAGCUCCUGGACCAGCUGGUGGUACUCCCUGUGAUUUCUACUCUGUCUAAGGGUCUCUGAUUCCCUGUGAUCAACAUACUGUACCAUUUGGAAACAACCUCUCAUCUUCAAUCAGAGCAAGUGCUCUCUGGCUGUCAGAUUGUAAAGGUACAGAUUUGUGAGUACUUUACAACAAAAUAGCGGUUAAGACAGGUGAAAAGACGCCACAAGCUGCAAAAAGCGCUCUGUCCGAUCGGGGCAGGCUUCAACCAAGAAAAGGCAUUGCAAUGCACCUCGUGUUUCACGCUCUGUCUGACUGGGGCCUAAAACUUCAUUUCUCCCACGUUAAGGCGGGUUUUGUUUCAGGUGAUUCAGACACAGCAGAACGUGACAUUUUAAUAAAAUUAAAGCGUUAAAUAAUAAUUUAGAAAAUACAUUUGGCAUAAAAGGAAUCAGAUAUUAAAUUCACCCUCUGAUGUGACUGAAUCCGCUGAGCCCAGCCUCAUUUACAGUCCUGUUACAAUGGAGGGACAUCCUGAUCUCUGCCAUUCCUUACUGCACCGUGUGUGAGCCGACAUGUCUCCAUGAGAAGGGAGCACGUCUUCCUGUCAGUGUGAUUGUCAUGGAUGUGUUCGUCAUAGUGCUGCAGAUUCCUCAUUUUUACAAAAAGGAACUGGAGUACAAUCUAGUGUUCAGAAUCCAUUUACCCUAAAGAAACAACAGCAGUGACAAAACAUCUACAAAAAAAACACCCAAACUCUACCCCAUAUAUUUCUGUAUAAUCAGCAGUUAAAUAACUAGAGUAUGGUACAUCAUGAUUUUCUUUCUUUCUUUCUUUUUUUUUUUU